CAUUAUGGCGGCAAUCAUGUACGAGGUUUCGCCUACACGAAGGUUGCUGUAAUUCGAGUUUGGCGUUGAUUAUGCCGAUUCAGUGACAUCUAUUUCUGCAAAAACCAAGAAGAUGCUUCACGAACUGAUUUUCGCUUUGAAUGGAUACCCAGGAAGCAUUUUUGUGGAAAAAGAAGGCACUUUUUCGGUCACCAAAGGACUUCCGUUUAUGCACCCAUCUGAAACACUGAUUUUGGAUAAGCUUUGUGCUUUAGGCUACCAUGUCAAGUACCUGCGAACUUUCGUGUCAACUCACCGAAGUUUCUUCGCGAGCGGUGCUCAGGAAGACCAGAGGCCAGUUAGACGUGGCUUGUAUCUGCAUGCAGUCUGCUCGGGGCUGCAAAAAGUCCUGUACGAGUACACAGAUGAACUGCUUGUUCUUGAAAAAGAAGUUCUCGAGGCACAUGAGAUCUCUCUGAUGCGGUUUCAAGAGAGGCUCGAAAAAUACCACCUGCUUUUUCUGAAGUUGCAUGACCUUGUUGCUGAGAUCGAAUCCAGUCAAGUGCAUGGUUGCAACAUUCUACAGUCCCUGCAUCGGAGCUGUACCACAGCACUCCCUGUUGGCAAAGCAAGCAUGUCGCUGCUCUUGCAGGCUGGCUAUGGAGUGCUGUGCCAACAGAUUUCCUCCUGGGUGUUGUAUGGUAUUCUGCGGGACCCCUAUCAAGAAUUUUUUGUGGAGGCGUUGGGUGGUGACCCAUCACGAACAGAGCCCAACACCAGCAGCAGCUGUUUAGAGGCCCCUUUAGCGUCAAUGCAAGAUUUUCGUUUGAAAUCCAAUCUGCUGCCAGAACAGCUGUCCCAGUCUUUUGCCAGCAAAGUGCUUUUUGCUGGUUCAGCUGUGAGGGUCUUUGGGCAGUCUGCAGAGCGGCCAGUCUAUACAGCUGAGCAAGAGGCAGAGUUCUUGAAGCGCCUGCAGAAAAUCAGCGAAUCUGAAGAGAUUGAUUUGUUCCAGCUAGAAACCUUUGUUGAGGACGUUCGCUCAGCUGCAGCUGCGCACCUGUGGAAGCUGUUUGUGGAAGAUGGCAGCCUGCCUUCUCAGCUGCGGCUUCUGAGGGACGCCUUUCUAUUGGGCCGGGGGGAGCUGUUCUUGCACUUCUCACAGGUGGCCGAACACAUCCUGUGCCAAGUGCGCGAACCCACUACCGAGCAGAACACAAACGUGAUAUUUCGGCAAGCCUGCAGUCUGCUCCAGUCAGAUGAUGAGAACCUCGCCGAACAGUUCCGCAUCACAAUUGGUCCUACAGGGUCACACGACAGCAGUGAGCCACAUUUGGCUUGCUGGGAGACAAUAGGCUUAAACUACAAGGUUGAGCCACUUCUUCACGUGUUCUUCACUCCGCCUAUCAUGUCAAAAUACAACCGACUGUUUCGGCUGCUGUUUGGCUUGCAGCGUGCUCAGACUUUUCUUCAGGAGUGCUGGGUGCUUCAGUGCAAGGUUGCACGUGCAAGGCACUUGCACAAAUCAGAUCUGAUGCAAGGCAUGAUGCUGUUGCGGGCAGAAAUGACACACCUUCUGAACAGCAUCCAGUACUACCUCCAGGUGGAUGUGAUAGAGAUCCAGUUGGGUCGUCUGCUUACACAAGUGAUGGAGACUCGAGAUUUUGAAGCCAUCCAGCACGUGCACAACGCCUACCUCACUUCCCUUCUUAAAGACAGCAUGAUAAUGUUGCAACCUGUGCAUAACUGUUUUAAGUCACUCUUUGUUCUGAGCAAGUCAUUACAUGGCAUCUUUCCUGUCUAUAUCGACGAACAGCUUUCUCAAAGGCAGUUCUCAGAAUUUGAGAGAAUCGAACAAGAGUUCCAAAGUAAUAAGCGGCUGCUCAUAAAAGUGCUGUCCUCGCUGCACAGCAAGCUAUCCGAAACACAGCCCUCCCAACCUGCUAGUACGCCUGGACCCUGGUUGUGUAUCAGCCCUUGCAACCAAUUAGGUGCGACACCUGAAGGCAUUAAAAUGGAAUGUGCCAAAAGGAUAUUCAUAGCAUCAAGUGUAUGAACUAUUUGUUGUUUCAAUCACAAAUAUAAAAUACACUUCAACGGUUGUCAA